CUCUCUCUCUCUCUCUCUCUCUCUCUCUCUCUCUCUCUCUCUCUCUCUCUCCUCCCAGCAGACUGCGGCUUUGGUCUUAAGAGAUCAGGUGACUGUAACUUCUCCGUUAAAAGGAAAGUUUGAUAAGUUCCACUCAGUUUCCCUCCUGGUCCCAAACUUGGAUUUCAACCCUCUACAGGUGGCGGAGAAAGUCCGUCUGGUCCCUCUUCAUUCUCUCUGAAACUUUUAGCUGAAACUCCCUGAGAAUGGGGGACUGGAGUGCUCUGGGCCGUCUGCUGGACAAGGUCCAGGCCUACUCCACCGCCGGAGGAAAGGUCUGGCUGUCGGUCCUCUUCAUCUUCAGGAUCCUGGUCCUGGGCACUGCAGUGGAAUCUGCCUGGGGAGACGAGCAGUCUGCAUUUAAAUGUAACACACAGCAGCCUGGUUGUGAGAACGUUUGCUAUGACAAAUCUUUCCCCAUCUCCCAUGUCCGCUUCUGGGUCCUCCAGAUCAUUUUUGUGUCAACGCCCACACUUCUCUACCUGGCUCAUGUGUUCUACCUGAACAGGAAGGAACAGAAAUUCAACAGGAAGGAGGAGGAGCUUAAAGCGGUGCAAAACGACGGCGGCGAUGUUGACAUCCCGCUGAAGAAAAUUGAGAUGAAAAAGCUAAAGUAUGGCAUUGAGGAGCAUGGCAAAGUGAAGAUGAAAGGGGCCCUGCUCAGAACCUACAUAGUCAGCAUUUUCUUCAAGUCAAUGUUCGAGGUGGGCUUCCUGGUCAUCCAGUGGUACAUUUACGGCUUCAGCCUUUCUGCAGUCUACACCUGUGAGAGGUCCCCAUGCCCCCACAGAGUGGACUGUUUCCUGUCCCGUCCCACAGAGAAGACGGUCUUCAUCAUCUUCAUGCUGGUGGUCUCGCUGGUGUCCCUGCUGCUCAACGUCAUCGAGCUUUUCUAUGUGUUUUUUAAGAGGAUCAAAGAUCGUGUGAAGGGCAAACAGCCGCCCAUCCUCUACCCUAGUGCAGGCACAUUGAGCCCCACCCCUAAAGACCUGUCCACCACCAAGUAUGCCUACUAUAAUGGCUGCUCCUCCCCGACUGCCCCGCUCUCACCCAUGUCCCCCCCAGGCUACAAACUAGCCACAGGGGAACGUGGAACUGGCUCAUGCCGCAAUUACAAUAAGCAGGCCAAUGAGCAGAACUGGGCCAACUACUCCACAGAGCAAAACCGGCUCGGCCAAAAUGGUGCAGGAAGCACUAUUUCAAACUCCCAUGCACAGGCCUUUGACUUCCCAGAUGACACCCAAGAGCAUAAGAAACUGUCCUCAACAGCGGGACACGAGAUGCAGCCGCUGGCGCUGAUGGACGCCAGGCCGUGUAGCCGGGCCAGUAGCCGGAUGAGCAGCCGAGCCAGGCCAGACGACCUGGACGUGUAAGCCCUGGUUCCACCUCCUCUUCCUCCUCCUCCUCCUCCCACCUUUGUGUGGCUUCAGCCAGAGAAUCAGGAAACACUCCAUCACAUAGGUUCAUGUAAGAGGUGGGGCUGACCUCAAUCACUGUCUUCAGAAUAGAGACUUAGUCACUCAAAGAGACAUUAAACUUGUUAUGUAACACUGUCAAAGGUACAAGUUGCAAAUGUUUUUUUUCAAUGACUUUUACCAUAAUCUUUUAGUGGAGCUAGCCCAGCUUUAAGAGAACAGAAUUAUAACAUAAUACAUGACCACACUGGUCAAUGUGCUUGGUCUGGUUUGGAUUUGCCAAGGUUAAUUGAAGGAAAACUCAGUUUUUUUCUUCUUUUCAUAGUUUCUGCUAUUCUUCCUAUUGGUGACUACAUAUUACUUACCACUAUUCUAGCUGGUUUUUAAAGGUAUGGUGACAGCUAUACAACAGGUUGCCUUCUUAGUUGUGUCUUUCAACAUGUAACCAGUUUAGCCGAAAAUAAGAAUUAUUGGCUAACUCUGGUUUAACUUUUUUAUUUUUUAUUCUGUCGAUCAAUAAGCAUUGUCCCUGUUAAAUAACCUAAAGAAAAGUAAAGCCCAAAUUAUCUAUGUCAUGCAAUAUGGAAAGUAAAGAGUAAGUUGAAGGUGAAUCAAUCUGCCACCCCUGAGUGGAAGGUAACUACAACUAUUUAGUUAGUCUCCUGCAUGGUUAACCAAGACCGAGUUUUGGUAGGAGAUAGGAUGUAGAGUCUCCAGUGUUAAAGUCACUCCCUUUCUUUGUCCCCCAAGAGUUAUGACUGCAGAAUGAUGUCACAGUACUUCCACCUUAGCUUCUGAGAGAGGAAAGUGAUGAACAUAGGUCAAAAUAGCUGUUUGAACACAUGAACCAUGGUGUUGUUUCUUCAUGUGAGUACAGUCCUGUGUGAUCACUCGGGGGCACUGUUAAAAAGCUGUGUGUAGCUCAUCAAUGAAGCAUUAACCAACAGGAAAAGUAUGAAAUAGGAACAUAAAAUCCAUGAUGUAAUAAACAGAAUAUGUGUUGCUGAGAUACACACACACACACACACACACACACACGUACCUUUGCAUUAAAAGCUAGUUUGAUGGACUCGGCCACACCUGCAUUGAGUUGCUUUAAGUCUGCUUGCAUUAUUUAGCUGCAUUUACUUAUGAAUCAACAUUUUUAAUCCAUUUUCUUCUGUUUUCACUUACAUCAAUACUAUCCUAUCCCAGUUUCAUUCAUAGCAAAAGUUAUUGUUAUUGUCCAGACAAAGAACAACUAAAUGUAAAGUGUUUACCACUUGGCUCAUCCUUUGCAUGGAACUUGGCUUUUACGGAGAAUGCUUAAUAUCAGUUGUAGUGAAUAUUUAUUGCUUAGCAUCUGUAGGACACCUACCACUAAGAGGAAAAAAAUGACUACUAUCCAGAAUCUCACUCACAGAAAACAUCUUACAUUAACUCCCCACCAACUGUAUAUUUAUUGACAGUAAAAACAUUUUUUUUCUCUUUAGUAACUUUGUCAGUCAGCAUAGACUGUUAUUUCCUGGUAAACUUUGAAUUUAUGUGUUGUAAUGUUUUUAUUUUUAAUUUUGUGGUUUUAAAUGUCUUUUUUUGGGGUGUUUGUGAGAGUGGCAGGGCUGAUUGUUCCGGCUGCUGUGACACAGCAAACUCUGCUCUGCUUUUAUGUGGUUUCCAUUAAGAAAGGCUUUUAUUACUGUGUUAUUUUUUUUUUUCAUCUUUUGCGGGCUGUAGAGAAAUACAGUAGAAUGACUAUCUGUGUUUUACAUAUCUGAGUGAAUGAUUUUUUUCUGUUCUGUAGGUAUUGUUUUGUUUUUCAGACUCCGUGUAACCGUUGCUGCUUGAGAAAUAGAUAUUUAGUACUGUAAAUCCAGCUAACUGUGUCACAAAAAAAAUUUGAGUUUUUAGAAGACUGCUUAUAGAUCUGGACUAAUAUUUAGUCAGUUAUAUUAAAAUGUAUGCCAAUCUAGCUCCACAAAUACCAAACACUAGUAUAAAUCUCAAUUUGGACUUCUUUUUUUUCUCCUUUUCUUCGGUCAUUUGUGCAUCAUUUUGUCGGUACUUACAUGUGUCAUGGAUCUUUUAGCUACAAUGGCAUUUGCACUGAGAUCUUGGUGAUAGAGAUGUAAUAUGAUGCUCACAGUUAGUGGAGUUUUCUGAUCACAUGUUACUAAUUUAUUUUAUAACACAGAAAUCACUACAGUGCAUAAUACCAGACAUCUGACCACUGGUGACAUUGGCUGAUUCUGCGAGAGAUGUCUUCCAUUGACAGAACAGAAGCAAUAGUUAUUUGUUGCCAUAAUUCAGACAAUGCUAAUCUAUGGGGAUCCACUGUUGUACAGUGUAAGUGCAUGAAAGCAAAACAAAAACUCAUUAAUUGUAUCUGUGAAAAGCUAUUUUAACCAAUAAAUAUUUUUUCUGUCCUAA